UCGAUACCAUUCUUUGCUGCACGACGACGCACUCAUUUGGCAAGGAUCGCCGAGUUCCAGAAAGUGCGAAAAAGCUUUUGCCUUUGAACAGCAACCUGCCAAGGUUUUGACCUCCAUACUGCGAGUACGCGGAACGAUGAUGACCCCACGUGAAAAGCCGUCACUGACACCACUACCUGCCGACGGAGCCUAUGAGGAAUCUUGCGGGGUAGUUGAAGAAUUAGAGUCUUGUCCUCGUCUACUCAGCGGAUUGGAACGAUGGAAUGUCUUCUUUUGCGUCUUUGCCUGGGCAUGCACCGCCUGUAAUGUGACUCUCGUGGUUGGAACGGGAGCUGUUGUGAUGUUAUCGAUCGGCGGAACAGACAGCUCCACUUCCUUGCCCUUGGGUGCCUACUUCUUCGGAGCUUCUAUUGUCAGCUUGACCGUAACACCGUGGAUUUUUGAACGAUGGGGUCGCAAGAUUGGAUUUCUGGUUGGGAUAACUUUUGGUUUGAUUGGUACGGCUCUGGGGGCGGCUUCCAUUGUCGCCCGAUCGCCGCCAUUGCUUUUGGUGGCGUCGGUUUGGUUCGGCAUGGCCACGGGUGUCGGCUUCUUUUUACGAUUUGCUGCCGUCGAACUGGUACCGACACACUUCUCGAGCAAAGCAGUGACACUUGUUGUGUCGGGUGGUUGCGUAGCAGCAUUUGCUGGUCCCGAAUCGGCUCAGGCAACUAAGGACCUAUUCCUCAACAGUCAGGGCCAGUUCGAGUAUUUGGGGGUCUUUUUCAUGACUGGAGUUUUCAAUGUAGCCAAUAUCCUGUGCAUAUCUCUUAUCCAUUUCCGUUCUAGUGAAAGGUCUGCCGGUGAUGAUGGCGCUGAAAGUGAACCUUUGCAACGAAACAGAUCGGAAUUUGUCGCCAUGUUACGAACUCGUGCAUUUAUUGUGCCCGUCCUCUUCGCGUCUACUUGUUGGGCUGCAAUGUCCUUGCCUAUGAGUAUUUUGCGUGUGACUAUGGGGGAGCUUGGUUAUUCCAACCGUGAAAGCUUGACUGUGCUCGAAUUGCAUUUUUUAUCCAUGUAUGCUCCUGGUUUCUUUUCUGGUGCCCUCAUUUCGAAGUACGGACCGUCGUGGGCGUGUCGAUUGGCAGUCGCCGUGUUCGCAAUGGCCGUUCUAUUUAUGCUAGUUUCGGAGUCGGCGGAGACCGGCUCGUUGGCUACCUGGAUAUUGGGAAUGAUGCUGGCUGGUAUCGCGUGGAACAUUGGCUUUUCAGGCGCGACGGUAUGGUUGCUCGGAGUGUACAGGAGUUCCCUCCGUUACAAGGGAUGGGUACAGGCUGCUAAUGAUACAGGCAUGUUUGCUAUGUCGGGCGUUUGGAUAUUUAGCACGAGCUAUAUCAGUGAAGCUGGUGGCGGAGGCUUGGACGGUUGGAAGACAGUAAACUUUGUUGUGGUUGGGUUCGUUGGUUUUGCCUCCAUUUUGCUGAGUUCGAGCAUACUUUUCCAAUGCAGACAUUUAGAAUACCAGCACGGGGACACAAAAUCAGAUAAGCAAUAA